CAGUGUGGCCCAUCUUCUCCAGCAGCUCUCACCUGGUGGCUGUUCUCUCUCUCUCUCUCUCUGUUCAGCGGAGAAGAAGAUCCAAAUCGAUCCGUUGAAAAGGGAUAUCGAGUUUGUGAGCUAUGUCGAGUGCUGUGGACGCGACGGGGAACCCGAUCCCUACUUCUGCGGUAUUGACUGCGUCGGCGAAGCACAUAGGUCUAAGAUGUAUGCCGGAGAACGUUGCGUUUCUCAAAUGCAAGAAGAACGAUCCAAACCCUGAGAAAUGUCUCGACAAGGGUCGUGACGUCACUCGCUGUGUCCUUGGCUUGCUGAAGGAUCUUCACCAGAAAUGCCAAAAGGAGAUGGAUGACUACGUUGGGUGUAUGUAUUACUACACAAACGAGUUUGAUCUCUGUAGGAAAGAGCAAGAAGCCUUCGAGAAAGUGUGCCCCCUCAAAUGAGAAUCACAAGUUACUGUCAUCUUUUAAUUUGUAUUCUUCUAAUAAAGUGAAACGUUCAUUUUUUUUUUGAAUGAGCUUUACCCUCUCA